UAGAGUACCAUGGUAACUACACAAAUAAAUAAAACGCAUCAUCGAGUAGAAAAGGGUUUUUGAUUCCGUUUCAAUAGCAGCAGACAUUCAAAGAGAUAAACGGUGACCAGCAGAUUUCUCUCGCUCUCUCUCUCUCUCUCUCCAUCGAUCGGUGAACAUCGUUUCGGUAACCAUGGCUGAUGAAGCACAAAUUGAUGUGAAGGAGGAGGUUCCUGAUAUUGCACCAUUUGAUCCUACUAAAAAGAAGAAGAAAAAGAAACCCCUAAUUGUAGAUCUUGAUGAUGAUUCAGUGGACAAGUUGGCUGAGAAAACAGAAAAUCUGUCGGUUUCUGAGGGAUUUGACAGUACGUUAGCUGGUGCGAAAAAGAAGAAGAAGAAGCCUGUUGAUAUCAGUAACUUAAUUGAUGAGAGUGGUGAUGCAAAAAUUGAUGAUUUGGAGGAUCAUGUUGAAGAAGAUGACAGUGAUGCUGUUUCCUUGCAACCUCGUUACCCUUGGGAAGGGAGUGAUCGUGAUUAUCACUACGAGGAGCUUUUGGGCAGGGUGUUUAACAUUCUACGUGAGAAUAAUCCAGAACUUGCUGGAGACAGGCGUAGGACUGUUAUGAGGCCUCCACAAGUGCUUCGUGAAGGCACAAAGAAAACUGUUUUUGUGAAUUUUAUGGACCUUUGCAAAACGAUGCAUCGUCAGCCAGAUCAUGUUAUGGCUUUCUUGCUUGCGGAAUUGGGUACAAGUGGCUCUCUAGAUGGACAGCAAAGAUUGGUUGUGAAGGGAAGAUUUGCACCAAAGAAUUUUGAAGGAAUUUUGCGACGAUAUGUCAAUGAAUAUGUCAUUUGCCUUGGAUGCAAAAGUCCGGACACAAUACUUUCUAAGGAGAACCGAUUGUUCUUUCUCCGUUGUGAAAAGUGUGGAUCAGGAAGAUCAGUUGCACCGAUCAAAGCUGGUUUUGUUGCUCGUGUUGGCCGUAGGACCGCAGGGGGGACAUGAUUUUAUCUUUCUUUUUCUUUUUAAUCUAAAUGUGUAAACUAAGGGAAUAAACCAUUUCCCAACUUUUGACCUAUACAUACAUGGCGUAUUUUGUACUUUGGUUGAGUUUAUUUUCGCAUAUUGCAGUACAUUUUCGGCAUGUUUUCUAUUA